AUGGACGAGCUAAAAGAAGUCAACUUGGAAACUGAGGAAGACCCUCGUCCAACCUUCAUUAGCUCUCUCAUACCCAAAGAACAAAUAGAAGAGAUAAAAGAGCUCCUCUGUGAAUUUAGGGACUAUCUUGCCUGGACAUAUGCUGAGAUGCCUAGCUUAUCCCCUGAUGUGGCAGUUCACAGAUUAGGAAUCAAGCCUGAUGCAAUACCUGUGAUUGCAGAAAAAUAUGCCGACUGGAUUGCCAAUAUCGUCCCUGUAAAGAAGAAGAAUGGCCAGAUUCAUAUCUGCAUCGACUUCAGGGACCUCAAUAAGGCAUGCCCGAAAGAUGACUUUUCACUCCCAGUAUCAGAGCUUCUAGUUGACAAUACAUCCAACUACGAUAUGUUCUCUUUCAUGGAUGGAUCAUCAGGCUACAAUCAGAUUAAAAUGGAGCAUGAAGAUGAAAGACAUAAAUCAUUCAGAAUGCCUAUAGGCAUAUUCUGCUACACAGUCAUGCCCUUUGGCCUGAAGAAUGCUUGUGUCACUUACCAACGGGCGAUGACUCGUAUAUUUGAUGAUUUGAUCCAUCAAAAGGUCGAAUUCUAUGUAGAUGACUUGGUCAUUAAGAGCAUAGAUCGAAAAGACCAUCUAGAUGACUUGAGAAUAGUGUUUGAAAGAAUCAGAAAAUAUGAUCAAAAGAUGAACCUUCUCAAGUGUGCAUUUGGAGUAUCCUCAGGAAAAUUCCUAGGGUACGUUGUUCGACAUCGAGGCAUUGAAGUCGACCCAAAUAAGAUCAAGGCAAUCAUGAUGAUGCCACCUCCAAAGAGCCUUCGACAACUCUGCUCCUUACAAGGAAAGAUGUCCGUUUCAAAUGAUGUCCAUUUCAAAUGGGACGAAGAGUGCCAAGAAGCAUUUGGCAGUAUCAAAAGAUAUCUGUUGAAUCCACCCAUUCUUGCGGCGCCAAUCCCCGGAAAACCUCUUAUACUAUACACGGCAGCACUAGAAGAAUCCCUCGGAGCACUAUUGGCCCAGCAUAAUGAAGAAGACAAGGAGAAUGCACUGUACUACAUCAGUCGUCGUUUGGCAAGGUGGGCAGUGAUACUCCUGCAGUUUGAUAUCACAUAUUUCCCUCAAAAGGCAGUGAAAGGGCAGGUGUUGACAGAUUUUCUCGCUGCACAUCCUAUCCCUGCAGAUUCUCCGGUCAACGAUGAUCUACAUGACGAGCAGAUCAUGAAUGUUGAAGAAGAGGAGAUGCUACGAGUAUGGGAAAUAUAUUUUGAUGGAGCAUCCUCAAUCAAGGUUGCUCGGCCUCCAAAUCCAGAGAAAGCUCAAGCCGGAAUCGGACUAAUUUUCGUGGCGCCCGAGGGAGGCAUAAUGAGAUUCUCAUUCAAUUUAACUGAACCUCGGACAAAUAAUGAAGCCGGAUAUGAAGCCCUAAUAACAGGAUUAGAGAUUACAAUCGAUGUACGAAUUCAAAAUCUCCAAAUCUUCGGUGAUUCUCAACUUGUUGUAAAUCAAGUGCUGGGAGUUUACAAAAUCACCGAGUUUGAGUUGGCCUGUUAUCAUCUACAAGUUCUUGAGCUUAUGAAUCAAAUUACAGUUGUCAAACUAACUCAAGUUCCCCGAGAGGGAAUACCAAAUUCAAGCCAGCAGGAUGCAACUCCGGUUGAUCCUCAAUCUCCCCAACCAGUUGAUCUCGAAGAUCAAGUUGAAGAACAUCAAGUUCCUAAGAAAAGACACAAGGCCAGUCAAGCUUUCGAAUCAUGCAAGCAUUGCCUAGAUGUCGAGGAAGAAGAUGAUUGGAGGCAACCUUUCAUUGAUUACUUCAAGGAAGGAAGACUACCAACAGACAAAUCAUUAGCUACUCAAAUCAGAAAGAGAGCAUUAAGAUAUACAUUUGUCAACAACACAUUGUAUCGACGUGCUUUCGAUCAAAUGUGGCUAAGAUGCCUAGGGACUCGAGAAGCUGAUAAAGUGGUAGCGCAGGUUCAGGAAGGACUUUGUGGAGUGCGUCAAUCAGGUCCCAAGAUGACAGUCAAAAUCAAAAGAAUGGGCUACUAUUGGCCGACCAUGAUCAACGGUGAUGUUAUACAUCAACCGCCAAAUCUGCUACACCUUACAAUAGCAUCCUGGCCAUUCGAAUGUUGGGGUACUAAUGUUAUCGGGCCAAUAGAUUCGCCCUCAUCGGCAGGACACCGCUUUAUCUUGGCAACAACUAACUACUUCUCAAAGUGGGCAGAAGCGGCUCUAUUCAAAGAAAUUACAUCUGAGCACGUGAUCAACUUCUUCACUCACAAUGUUGUUUACAGAUUCAGUGUGCCACGCCGCAUAAUCUCAGACAACGGAACUGCUUUCAAGAGUACCAAAAUCUAUAAGUUCGUUGAUCGGAACAAAAUUGAUUGGCGGUGCUCUUCCAUUUACUAUCCAAGAGCAAAUGGUUUAGCUGAAGCCUUCAACAAAAUAUUGGUGAAAUUGCUAAAGAAGAUUCUCUCUAAAAACAAAAGAGAGUGGCAUACGAAGAUGACAGAGGCAUUGUGGGCAUAUCGUACGACCUACAAAACACCAACCAAAGCCACUCCUUACUCUCUAAUGUUCGGAGUUGAAGCUGUACUGCUACUAGAAGUUGAACUUCCAUCUCUUCGAGUUGCUGUCCAGAAUGAGCUGACUCAGGAACAAAAUGCUCGUUUGAGAAUGGAAGAGCUCGAUGCACUCGAUAAAAUCAGGUUGCAAGCUCAGCAGAACCUUGAGAUCUACCGAGCAAGAAUGACAAAGUCCUUUGAUCGAAUGGUUCGUCCUCGAUCAUUUCAAGAAGGAGAAUUGGUCAUGGUGCAGAGAAGGCCAAUCAUCCCACACCCAAAAAUUGGUGGCAAAUUUGUUUCCAACUAG